AUGGGCAAAAAUCUGUGGCUUCGCUUGCUAUCUGUUCCUCAGGUUGCCCAGCAUUCUUUUUCACCCAGCAACAGUCCUGCCCAAGAAAAUAUAGCUCUGGAUAAACCAGCAAGUCAGAGUUCAUAUGAAUCCAUCUGGUGGAAAAAUGCCUCACUUGCUGUAGAUGGGAAUCUUAAUCAGGGUGCCCGGGCAGUAAACUGUAUGUUUACAGGAACCGGUUAUCCCUCAACUUGGUGGCAGGUGGACCUGGGUAGAGAAUACUACAUACACAAGUUAGCGGUCCACUUCAGAACAUCGCAAAUAUAUCGCAGAAAUGGUGUUGAGGUGUACAGCUCUGUUCGUGAAAACCCGAAACCCACUGGUCACCUGUGUGGUUCAGCAACACGGUUCAGUCCACAUGUGACGUGGAUGACAUGUAACAACACAGCUAGAUACAUCACACUCUACCAAGACACAAACAAUGGAGACACAGCCAUGAAUUUCUGUGAAGUUCAAGUAUUUAGUAAGUAUUUCUUUUAA